GCAGAAAUGCUGGGAUGAGAGGAAGCAGGCUGCAGACACUUUGUUGCAUGUUGCUGUGGGAGUCACUGUGUGUUCUGUGCUGACAAGCUCUGGAAGGCUUGCUGAAUAUCUCAGUACUACAUUUCAGUCUCCUCUCGGCCGCCCUGUGUGUUUGCUGUCACCUGGCCGGCUGCCGCCUCAGACAGAAUGCAGGAAGGAAAAAAGGAAGAUGCUGCUUAUUACAUUGGAAUAGACGUGGGCACGGCGAGCGUACGUGCGGCUUUGGUGAACCAGUUUGGGCAGGUGGUUGACCAGGCGGAAGCGGCACUGGAGAUUUGGGAACCUCGGCCUGACCACUAUGAGCAAUCGUCCGAUAACAUAUGGACCGCCUGCUGUGCUGUUACCAAGAAAGUGGCGCAGUCGGCAGGAACUGGACGGAUCAGAGGCCUUGGGUUUGAUGCAACAUGCUCUCUGGUGGUCCUGGACAGACAGUUCCAGCCCCUGUCAGUGAAUGCAGAAGGUGACCAUAAAAGGAAUGUUAUAAUGUGGAUGGAUCAUCGGGGUGGAAGCCAGGUAGAUCGGAUUAAUGGAACCAGGCAUGAGGUGUUGAAUUAUGUUGGCGGAGUGAUGUCUGUGGAGAUGCAGCCCCCCAAACUCCUCUGGCUGAAGGAAAACUUGCGGCAGGAAUGCUGGGAGAGAGCCGGACACUUCUUUGAUCUGCCAGAUUUCUUAACCUGGAAAGCGACCGGAACACUUACAAGGUCUCUGUGUACACUGGUCUGUAAAUGGACGUAUUCACCAGACAGAGGAUGGGACGACAGCUUCUGGAAGGAGAUUGGACUGGAGGAUCUUCUAGAUGAAAACUAUGCAAGAAUAGGAAACCAAGUUGUGUCUCCAGGAUCUUCUGUUGGGAAUAACCUCACGCCAGAAGCUGCCAGAGACCUCGGCCUUCCAGAGGGGAUCGCAGUGGGCGCGUCUCUUAUUGAUGCGCACGCCGGGGGGCUCGGAGUGAUUGGCGCAGAUGUGACGGGAUGCCAUCUCCCUUGUGAAAAUCAGCCAAUCACGUCGCGCCUGGCCCUGAUUUGUGGAACCUCCUCCUGCCAUAUGGCGAUCAGUGAGAGUCCGCUGUUUGUGCCUGGUGUCUGGGGCCCUUACUACUCAGCGAUGGUUCCAGGCUUCUGGUUGAACGAGGGCGGACAAAGUGCAACUGGGAAACUGAUUGAUCAUGUCGUACAGAGCCACGAUGGAUUUACAGAAUUACAAAAGGAGGCUGAAGCCAGAGGCCAACACGUGUACACAUACUUAAACCAUUACCUGGACCAGCUAAGGGCGUCCCGGCCGGGAGGGGUUCCGGCCCCUGAUUUACAUGUUUGGCCAGAUUUCCACGGUAACAGAUCCCCCCUCGCUGAUGUCUCUCUGAAAGGGAUGGUGGUCGGAUUAACGCUGUCCAGGGGCCUUGAUGACCUGGCUCUGUUGUACUUGGCCACGGUCCAGAGCAUUGCGUUGGGAACAAGACACAUUUUGGAAACAAUGAAGGUCUCAGGGCAUCAUAUCGGCAGUCUGUUUCUGUGCGGGGGGCUGAGUAAGAACCCCCUCUUUGUGCAGAUGCACGCUGACAUCACAGGCCUGCCAGUCAUCUUAUCUAGAGAGGUGGAGUCCGUGCUUGUUGGCGCUGCUAUCCUCGGUGCUUGCGCGUCUGGUGAUUUCACCUCCAUUCAGGAGGCCAUGCAGACGAUGGCAAAGGUUGGGAAGAUCAUCCUUCCGAAUCCUGAACACAAACGGUUUUAUGAGAAGAAGUAUCAGGUAUUUCUCAGAUUGUAUGAGCACCAGCGGGAAUAUCAGGCUAUCAUGGCGGGAUACUAAUGAGAAGACGGGCCCAUCACCGGACUGCGAGAAGAAUUCAAUCACCACAAAACUUUAUUGAUUAUAUUUAAAUAUUUUAAUUAUGGCAGCACAUUGAAAUCAUCAUGUUAGUUAAUAAAUAUGUUAAAAUAUUCAACUUGGAGUUUUGUUUGUUGUUAAACAGACCUUACGUUGAUUUCUUAAACAGUCCAGCAGCACAGAUAAUAUAUGGGCUAAUGCACCUCCUUCUAUACAUUAUAAGGAUAUUAUACAUUCCUUGCCCAUAUAAAGGCAUCAGGACUGCAGGAUUUUAUACAGGUCAUGUGACUCCAAGUUAACUUCCAAUAUCUCUAAUCAGUAGAUGUGUGCUCAGCCACUGGCUCCCAAAAGUACCAUGAUUAAAGUAAUACACACCCUAAAAAGUCAUCCAGGACGCACAAGCAGAUCCUGCUGAUUAAAAUGAUAUGCAGCAUGGCAAUAUUCUGUGUGUAAUAGCGGCUGCAUCGGCCUACGAAGUUAUGUUAGUGUUUGGCUGGAAAACGCUGUAGCGUAACAUUUUGUAUGCAGAUACAGUUACAAUUACACACAGAAUAUAGGCAUGCUAUAUAUCAUUUUAAUCAGCAGAAGCUGCUUGUGCAUCCUAUUUGCAUCCUAUUUGCAUCGUUUAGCAGGGGAAAAAUGCAAAAAUGAUAUGUACAGUACACAGACUAUUGUAUUUUUGUUUGAUUUUAAGGUUAGAAAUUAUUGUAAAAAUGUUUAUUUGUUUAACUGUGCUGUAAUUGUGUACUUAUAAAUGUGCUGUAAUUGUGUACUUGUAAUUGAUUGUGCUGUAAUUGUGUACUUAUAAAUGUGCUGUAAUUGUGUACUUGUAAUUGAUUUCCAACAUUGACAAACACAACUCGCACUAAAAAAAAGUCUAUUUA